GUAAGGCAGUGCAACAGAGCAGUAAAGAUAUAAUACCACUCAUAGAACAGAACUCACAAAAAAUGAAAUGAAUUAGACAUAAAAUAUGCAGCUGAAGAAAAGGUCAAACUGAAGAAAGAUGGCAACCCAUGGGGAAGUGACGGAGGCAACUUGUCUCGUGUGCUUCGAAGCAAGACCCCUGAAGAUCGUUGGCAACUGCAAGCAUGCUUUCUGUACUGAAUGCCUGUCCGCGGUUCUCGAGAGCCUGGACAGUGGAAGUGAGGUGCUUGCCUGUCCUUUGUGUAAGGUUGACUGUCCACGUCCAUGGGAUGGUGUGAAGGGACUGGCGGAUUUUAAGGGGGAUGACUUUGUCAAGAAAGAUGAGGUUGGUGUUGAAGCAGAAGCCUUGCCAGAAAUUGUGCAGGAGAGAAGGGCAGAGGACAAAAAAGAUCCACGAGUAAUUGAGACCAAAUGUAUGGUGUGUCGGCAAAAGAAGAAGGAAGUUCAGGCAGUUAGCUUGUGCAUUGAAUGUGGACAUUUUUAUUUCUGUCAAGACUGUACCAACAUUCAUACAAAGAACAAGGCAACCCAACAUCAUGUGGUGACACCCCUGCACCCUGAGGACAAGGAGGAUGUGGCUCUGUGCGAUGAACAUGACACUGACUUGACAAGCUAUUGUACAACAUGUGGCAAGGCAGUUUGCACAAUCUGUGUCAUGCUCGAACAUGGCGAUCACGCCAUUGAGGAUCUUGGGGACACGAUUAGUGCAAAGGAAGCUGAGGUGAGAAACAUGCUAGGGGUAGGUGAGACGAAGUUAACUGAGAUGCAAGGCCUGAAGGAAGACCUGACUCACUUAAAAGUCAUAGCACCAAUCGUUGACAAGAGAGACUGCGUAAUCAAAGAGAUCGAAGACCACGCAGAGAAGUGCAUCGACCAGAUCAUCAAAUGGAAGGAAGACCUGAAAAAUCAAGUCAAGUCUGACUUCAAAGUUAUCGAUAACAUUCAUGUAGGCUUAGAAAAAGUGUCAGAUGUAGUUCGAAAGUUGCAGGACCCAGUGAAGCGAGCUACUCAGUUGUUGACCGUGUCCACGCCGCACCCAGCGUACCUGGACAAACUUGUCUCCAUGCAGCGGGAUUUGGAAGCUGUCGUCGAGACUUGGGAUGAUACGGAGGGAGAGACGUUGUUAAGGGCCGAGGUCUGUGAACUUCAUAGGAGUCGUCAUAGUUUUACAACAGGAGCAAUGCCUUCUUGCCUUGGCAAUGUGAGUGUAAAAAAAGAAUCAACAAAAUCUGAACCCCAGGAAGUCUUUACACACACAAUGCAGGUUGAGUCCAAAGACAUGUUUAUUCCUUGUGUAGCAAGUUUCGGCAAUAAUUUUGCAGUGGCUCACCCAACCAAUAAAGGGGAACAAUCAAACGCCAUUGAUAUAUACGAGUACCCAGGAACACUGACAAAGACUUUGCGAGACAACCUCGCUCCCAUCUUUGACAUGUCGGCCACUCAUGAUGGUAAACUGGCAGUCCUUUCGAACGGAAAAGGUGGUACUGGCUGCAGUGUUAAGCUUUUUAACCUGGAAACCAACGGGAUUACCUCCACCUGUGACAUUGAUAUAGGCCUACCCAUCUCUCUAGGUGUUACUGCAGAGAAUCAAUACCUCAUUCUGGGUGACACAGGCGGAUGCAGAUAUCUACAUUUUGUUGACAGCAAUGGAGGUGUGAAGAAGAGAGGUGCCAUAAAUACAAAGAAUCUACCAAGUAGAGUAGCAUGUGGUGGCAGGUGCAAUGUUGUUGGUGGGGCAAAUGCGUUUAUAGCUAUGAUGUGAUUCAGGGCACUCUGUUAAUAAUGAGAAGCUAUGCCGAAGGGGAAAUUCAUGACAUCUCGGUUUCAAUAACUGAUGAACUAUUCGAAUCUUGGAAAUAUAGGAACAAUCUUUAUUUGAUCAGGUACAGUGAACCAAAUAAGACAUCGGUUGGGUCUAGCAGGGCAUUGAAAUUAACUUGUCCUGAUACUACAGGAGCAGAUUGGGAAUCCAGGCUUUCUGAAAGAGAUGGCCAUAUUGUUGUGUCACAUGGUCAGACGAUCAAGGUGUACGAAUCAUAGAUACAUGUAUCGCAAUCUUCAAAAUGGCUUAUACAGGGAGGGGGAGGGGUGUUGGUUUUAAAGCAGAAAGCUGCAAUAUACGUUGCCUGGCAUAAGAUUAAAGUAUUAUUCACUCAUUACCUUUGUGAUACAGAAGUGCAUCUUGGGAGGAAACCCUUGACACCUUUUUUUUAAUCACUUUCCAGGUUCUUUUUUUAGUCUCAGAAAAAAGGCGUCAAUUAUUCCCUUCUUUACGUUCAUGAUACGCAAUUCCAAUCAGAAAGAAUUUUUAUGGGAUUAUUCUCUAAUAAAACUAGAUUUAAGGUUAUUUGCCAAAUGCGUGAAAAUGAAAUGCCCGCAAAUAUUUACCAAUUUACGGUAUUCAUGGUCAGUUUCUACGGACCUUCCCAAAUGAGGGGGAGAUGCGCAUCCAUCCAAGGCCCCAAUCAGUUUUGUAGUGGGGAGGCUUACCAUGAUAUUGUCCGUAUGUUCAUCAGGCCGUAUCUUGCUAACUGAUCUGCGCCGGACUUAUCAACAGGAAACUGGAGGUUCAUUUUCACCGCCCGAGAAAAUGUAAAAAGUAGGUCAAAACGUUGAAUGAAGAAUUCGGGGUUAUGUAGCGGCCAAAACAAACAGGGAGAGAUUCCAGAUCGUCAGGUACCUUAGAUGUUCUAUUGGACUUAAGAAUUACAGCACUUUAUACAUGUAUUUCCAACCUUGAAACAAAGCCAGUAGGCCCGGUUAUCUUAUUUGUAUAAUCAUGCUUGAUUUCAUCACUGGUUUAACCCUUUCAUACCAGACCGCCACGUGUGGCAGUUUUGACAAUCAAUUCCGUUACUUUUCAUAACUUCUUAAAGGAGUACGCUGUUUUCGUAUUUACUGAUGGGUCAAUAAUCAAGGCAGUUAUACCCAAUGCCAUAGUGCAGUUUUCAUGCAUGCAACUCUGCGAAACCUUGACGCAAGGACCCAACGCGCCGCGUAGCGGCAAAAUAGCGAAGCUGGCGAAACAUUUAUAACGGGUCACCGUGAUGGACCCAACGCGUCGCGUAGCAGCAAAAUAGCGAAGCUGGCGAAACAUCUAUAACGGGUCGCCGUGAUCUCAUUAUGGACUUGGCGCGAUUAUGGGGUUGUAACUAUUUUGCUCUAUAUUGUCACGAGGAAAGAAAAGCACGCGACCUAACGCCAACCUAUUUAUGUAAAGUGAUAAUUAGAAGAUAUGUAGUUCAGGAAAUGUUAAUAAAUAAUCAUUCCUUA